CUCAAUGCUGCAGCGCCUCGCUGGAGCACAGCUCCCGAGGGAGAUCCGGGUAAAAUAUUUCUGGAUGCAUCUCUUGGAUACGAAAUCCAGGUCUCGAUUCAAGUGUGAAGCACAUCAGAUUUUACGAUGACGAUGUGCACUUCUGGCAAUGGUGGAUCAGUUGGACAGCUGCGGCAGACGCUCAUUAGUUCUCUCCGCCCGGUUCUUCGGGUAGCUCUGGCUCCUCGUUUUCUGCUGCGAGAACACAGCCAUCUUCUUGGGAUCUCAUCACAAUGCGUGCUCGGGACGCUCCCAAACAAAUCCUGGGAAACAAAGCGCCGCUGUGAUAUGUUUGUGAUCCACAAGGAAUCAGUCGUGUGUCUCAUGACUUUUAUGACGUCUAGCCGGGAGACGCUUGUGGUGUCCGGGGCUACCGAUGCUGUAUGGAAUGGCGAGCUUAGUCAUCCUGAUAGUACUUGCUUUAAACUGGCAUUCCAUGUUUUGCAGCGCUUUCAAGCUUGGACGAGAGACCUUGCUCUAUGCUACGAUCUGCCUGGCAUUUCGAAGAGGCUGGAGUAUGACCUCGCGAUGCAGGGUGGGGAAUUAAAGAGAGAGCUUUGCAAUGCCUCGUCACGCUAAACAAGAGCAAAACUCCUGGAACAAAAGGUGAUGAGCCUUGACAACGAAGGAGAAAAUUGUGAAGUUCUCUGAGGAAUUUCUUGAGCUGGUGGAUGCCGCCGAUGCCACCACUCAAUCUGAGAUCUCAACUGAAGCGCUAAAGAAGCUGGCAGUGACUACUGCUGUCGAAGGUGCUCUGGAUCCUACCGUUCUUCGGGCACAUUUUUCUCUGAGCCUUGCUGCCGUUUAACACUGCAUGAUGGAUGGUCGGGAAGCAGCCAUUGCAGCCGCACUUCUAGGAGAUCCUGCUAUAUCAGAAAAUUCAUGGCAAGGGACUGGCAUGAUCGCAGAAGCGACACUUCACGCAUAUGCUCACGGAAGUCUUUCGUUGAAGUCACUGCUUCAGCGCUGGAGAUACGCCCGACCAAAUUCUCCAUGGAGAAGGAAGCGGACCUGGCAGAGGAAGGCAGCAAUUGAGAUUGUUCCGCCCCGUCUCGUGGCUUCGACACAGCAAAAGAAAGCAGCAGCGUCAACCGCGCCACCUCCGGUUCUCAUGUUGGAGGCUCCUCCUCUCCGUGCUCCACUGGCGGUUGCAAGUUAAAGGUCCUGUAUCACAGAAGCAGGGAAUCGACGGCAGAACCAGUUCUCCAAGUUUUCAGGUGCCCUUUAAAUCAGGAGGACCUGCUUAACGCGAGAUCAAGUUUCUAAAGGUGUGCAUUUUUUUCUACGCCUUGUUGUCCGUAGUAGGCAUGCUCUCUCUUAUCUUAGUUCCAGCCAGCGUUUCUUUAGUCGUCUCUGCGGCUUGUUCAACCACAUCUUUGAUUC